AGUUCAUGAAGACAGACUGGAAGGAGUCAUCUGUGGAUGGUUUCCUGGAGAGAAUCAUUUAUAAAUCCCUCCAGAGUAAAAAUGGCCACCUGGACCUGUUUGUUCGCUUCCUUCAUGGCCUCUGUCUGGAGUCCAACCAGAGACUCUUAGUAGGUCUGCUGGGUCAGACAGAGAUCAGUCCAGAAACUAUCCAGAGAGUCAUCAACAACCUUAAAAAGAUGAACAGUGAUGAAAUCUCUCCUGACAGAAGCAUCAACAUCUUCCACUGUCUGAUGGAGAUGAACCACCUCUCAGUACAUCAGGAGAUCCAAGAGUUCCUGAAGUCAGAGAACAGAUCAGAUAAGAAACUCUCUGAGAUCCAGUGCUCAGCUCUGGCCUUCAUGCUGCAGAUGUCAGAGGAGGUUCUGGAUGAGUUGGACCUGCAGAAGUACAACACAUCAGAGCGGGGACGACAGAGACUGAUUCCAGCUGUGAGGAACUGCAGAAAGGCUCGAUUGAUGGACUGUGGUUUGUCAGAGAUCAGCUGUGAUUAUCUGGCAGCAGCACUGAAGUCCAACCCCUCCCAUCUGAGAGAGCUGGACCUGAAAAGAAACAACCUGGAGGAUCCAGAUGUGAAGCAGCUGUCUGAUCUUCAGCAAAGUCCAGACUACAGACUGGAGACUCUGAGGUGGAGCUGAUGAUGGUAAACAGGACGGUGUGUGUGCU